UCCCUCCUGUCCAUCCAGGUGUAUUAUUCCAUCGGGGCCCUGGCCAAGUCCGUGUAUGAGAAGAUGUUCAGCUGGAUGGUGGUCAGGAUCAAUAACUCUUUGGAGACCAAGCAGCCUCGGCAGUAUUUCAUCGGCGUCUUGGACAUUGCAGGAUUUGAGAUCUUCGAUUUCAACAGCUUUGAGCAGCUCUGCAUCAACUUCACCAACGAGAAGCUGCAGCAGUUCUUCAACCACCACAUGUUUGUGCUGGAACAAGAGGAGUACAAGAAGGAGGGCAUCGAAUGGGUCUUCAUUGACUUCGGCAUGGACCUCCAGGCCUGCAUUGACCUCAUUGAGAAGCCUCUGGGUAUUAUGUCCAUCCUGGAAGAAGAGUGCAUGUUCCCCAAGGCCAGCGACAUGACCUUCAAGGCCAAACUCUACGAUAACCACCUGGGCAAGUCCUCCAACUUCGGAAAAGCCCGCAACACCAAGGGGAAGCCGGAGGCUCACUUUGCCCUGAUGCACUAUGCUGGCACCGUGGACUACAACAUCAACGGGUGGUUGGAGAAGAACAAAGACCCCCUGAACGAUACCGUGGUGGCCCUCUACCAGAAGUCCGCCCUGAAGCUGCUGGCCACGCUCUUCUCCACCUACACGGGCAGCGAGGCGGGCGGAGAGGGCGGGAAGGGCAAAGGCUCCAAGAAGAAAGGCUCCUCCUUCCAGACCGUCUCAGCGCUACACCGGGAGAACCUCAACAAGUUGAUGGCCAACCUCAAAACCACCCACCCUCAUUUUGUGCGCUGCAUCAUCCCCAACGAACGGAAGGAGCCCGGUAUAAUGGACAACCCUUUGGUCAUGCACCAGUUACGCUGCAAUGGCGUCCUGGAGGGGAUCCGGAUCUGUCGGAAAGGAUUCCCCAACCGGAUCCUCUACGGGGACUUCAGGCAAAGGUACCGCAUCUUAAACCCUGCGUCCAUCCCGGAGGGACAGUUCAUCGACAGCCGGAAAGGGGCCGAGAAGCUUCUGAGCUCCCUGGACAUUGACCACAACCAGUACAAAUUUGGACACACCAAGGUAUUUUUCAAGGCGGGGCUGCUUGGCCAACUGGAAGAGUUGCGAGACGAACGGCUGUCGCGGAUCAUCACUCGCAUCCAAGCCCGGGCAAGGGGCCAACUCAUGCGCAUUGAAUUCAAGAAGAUCAUGGAGCGCAGGGAUGCCUUGCUCAUUAUCCAGUACAACAUCCGGGCUUUCAUGGGGGUAAAAAACUGGCCGUGGAUGAAACUGUUCUUCAAGAUCAAGCCAUUGCUGAAGAGCGCGGAAACCGAGAAAGAAAUGCAGACGAUGAAAGAAGAAUUCGGGAGGCUGAAGGAAGCUCUGGAGAAGUCAGAAACCCGGAGAAAGGAGCUGGAGGAGAAAAUGGUUUCGUUGCUCCAGGAGAAGAAUGACCUCCAGUUGCAAGUUCAAGCUGAGCAAGACAACCUGAACGAUGCCGAGGAGCGCUGUGACCAGCUGAUCAAGAACAAGAUCCAGCUGGAAGCCAAAGUGAAGGAGAUGACCGAGCGGAUCGAAGACGAAGAGGAGAUGAACGCCGAACUGACCGCCAAGAAGCGGAAGCUGGAAGAUGAGUGUUCUGAGCUGAAGAAGGACAUUGACGACCUGGAGUUGACUUUGGCCAAGGUGGAGAAGGAGAAACAUGCCACGGAGAACAAGGUGAAGAACCUCACGGAAGAAAUGGCUGGCCUGGAUGAGAUCAUCGCCAAACUGACCAAGGAGAAGAAAUCGCUCCAGGAGGCCCACCAGCAAGCCUUGGAUGACUUCCAGGUAGAAGAAGACAAAGUCAACAGCCUGAGCAAAGCCAAGAUGAAGCUGGAGCAGCAGGUGGACGACCUGGAAGGUUCUCUGGAGCAGGAGAGGAAAAUCCGGAUGGAUCUCGAACGCUCCAAGAGGAAGCUGGAAGGAGACUUCAAGUUGGCACAAGAGAACAUUAUGGAUUUAGAGAACGACAAGCAGCAGCUGGAAGAGAAAAUUAAAAAGAAAGAGUUUGAUAUCAAUGAGCAGAACAGCAAGAUUGAAGACGAACAAGCCUUGGCCUCACAGCUGCAGAAGAAACUCAAGGAGCUGCAGGCACGGAUUGAGGAGCUGGAAGAGGAGAUGGAGGCGGAGCGCGCAGCCCGGGCCAAGGUGGAAAAACAGCGCUCGGAUCUUUCGCGAGAACUGGAGGAGAUCAGCGAACGUCUGGAGGAGGCCGGAGGGGCCACCUCGGUGCAGAUCGAGCUGAACAAGAAACGGGAGGCCGAGUUCCAGAAGAUGCGCCGUGACCUGGAAGAGGCCACGCUCCAGCACGAGGCCACGGCGGCCACCUUGCGCAAGAAGCACGCGGAUUCCGUGGCCGAGCUGGGCGAGCAGAUCGACAACCUGCAGCGGGUGAAGCAGAAGCUGGAGAAGGAGAAGAGCGAGCUGAAACUAGAGCUGGACGACGUGGCCUCCAACAUGGAGCAGAUUCUGAAGGCCAAGGCAAAUUUGGAGAAGAUGUGUCGCACCAUCGAGGACCAGUCUACAGAUCACCGCGCCAAGUUGGAGGAGACGCAACGGACCCUCAAUGACACAAACACCCAACGAGCGAAACUGCUCACUGAAAAUGGAGAACUCGCUCGACAGCUUGAAGAGAAAGAGGCCCUCAUCUCCCAGUUGACCCGCGGGAAACAGUCCUACACCCAGCAGAUGGAGGACCUCAAGAGACACGUGGAAGAGGAGAGCAAGGCCAAAAAUGCUCUAGCGCACGCGCUGCAGUCCUCCCGCCACGACUGCGAUCUUCUGAGGGAACAGUACGAGGAGGAGAUGGAAGCCAAAGCUGAGCUUCAGCGACUCCUCUCCAAGGCCAACGCGGAGGUGGCCCAGUGGAGAACCAAGUAUGAAACAGACGCCAUCCAGAGACCGGAGGAGCUGGAGGAGGCCAAGAAGAAGCUGGCCCAGAGGCUGCAGGAGGCCGAGGAAGCGGUGGAGGCGGUGAACGCCAAGUGCUCCUCGCUGGAGAAGACCAAACACCGCCUGCAGAACGAGAUCGAAGACCUCAUGGUGGACGCGGAGCGCUCGAACGCGGCCGCAGCUGCCCUGGACAAGAAGCAAAGGAACUUCGACAAGAUCCUCUCGGAGUGGAAGCAGAAGAACGAAGAAUCUCAGGCAGAACUGGAGGCAUCGCAGAAGGAGUCCCGGUCCCUCAGCACGGAGCUCUUCAAGCUGAAGAACGCCUACGAGGAGUCUCUGGAACACCUGGAGACUUUAAGAAGAGAGAACAAGAACUUACAAGAGGAGAUUUCGGAUCUCACCGAACAGCUGAGCCAAGGAGCCAAAAACAUGCACGAGUUGGAAAAAGUGAGGAAGCAGCUGGAGUCCGAGAAAGUGGACUUACAAGCAGCUCUGGAGGAGGCAGAGGCAUCUUUGGAACAUGAGGAAGGGAAGAUCCUCCGGGCCCAGCUGGAGUUCAACCAAAUCAAGGCCGAAAUUGAACGCAAAUUGGCCGAGAAGGAUGAGGAGAUGGAGCAGGCCAAGCGGAAUCACCUGAGGACAGUGGACUCGCUUCAAGCUUCCCUGGAUGCCGAGACCCGCAGCCGCAACGAGGCCCUGAGGAUCAAGAAGAAGAUGGAGGGUGAUCUCAAUGACAUGGAGAUCCAGCUUAGCCAAGCGAACCGGGUGGCCGCUGAGGUUCAGAAGCACCUCAAGAUCGCUCACGCCCACCUCAAGGACAAUCAGAUUCAACUGGACGAUGCCCUUCGAGCCAAUGAGGACCUGAAGGAGAACAUCGCCAUUGUGGAGAGGCGCAAUACGCUGCUGCAGGCCGAGCUGGAAGAGCUACGCUGCGUAUUGGAGCAGACGGAGCGUGGGCGGAAACUGGCGGAACAGGAGCUGACGGAGGCCAGUGAGAGGGUCCAGCUCCUCCAUUCUCAGAACACCAGCCUCAUCAAUCAGAAGAAGAAGAUGGAGACUGAUCUGACCCAGCUUCAGUCAGAAGUGGAAGAAGCUGUGCAGGAAUGCAGAAACGCUGAGGAGAAGGCCAAGAAAGCCAUCACGGAUGCGGCCAUGAUGGCAGAAGAGCUGAAGAAGGAGCAGGACACCAGCGCCCACCUGGAGAGGAUGAAGAAGAACAUGGAGCAGACCAUCAAGGACCUCCAGAUGCGCCUGGACGAGGCGGAGCAGCUGGCCCUCAAGGGCGGCAAGAAGCAGCUUCAGAAACUGGAGGCCCGCGUGCGAGAGCUGGAGAACGAGCUGGAAGGGGAGCAGAAACGCAACGUGGAGAACGUCAAGGGCAUGCGCAAGUGCGAGAGACGCAUCAAGGAGCUCACCUACCAGACCGAAGAGGACAAGAAAAACUUGCUGAGACUCCAAGACCUGGUGGACAAGUUGCAGAUGAAGGUGAAAGCUUAUAAAAGACAAGCCGAAGAAGCGGAGGAACAGGCCAACACUAACCUCGCCAAAUUCCGGAAGGUUCAGCAUGAGUUGGACGAAGCCGAGGAGCGGGCGGACAUCGCUGAGUCCCAGGUCAACAAGCUGAAGGCUAAAACUCGUGACGUGGGAGGAAAGACACUCCACGAUGAAGAGUGAGGAAGUCUGGAAAAUUCAUUUUAGCCAAAGUAGCCAUUUAACCACCCUUUGCCUGGAGAGGCCCUAACACGAAUGUAGUGCAGUGAAAUAAACCUGAAUAGCAACAAAAAA